CUUUUGUCUGCACUUCGAACUCCAACAUUAAUUAGACGGUUCCUUCCGUCUUACGCCCGCACCAGUAGCGGGUGAGCGAGGGAGCAACUGGGAAGUUUCCUCGGUGUUCUUGAGUUGUAACUACAUUCUACUGGUCUCUUGACGAUGCUAGAGCUCAAAUGGAUCCCAGCACAUGAACUGACACGAGAUAUUAAGAGGCAAAGCAUGUUCAUUAUGAACCGAGAUUGUAAAAUCAUAGACCGGCUCUUACGGGAACAUGGGCCCUUCCCUCUUUUAUCGGAAUUCAACGUAACAUUUCUGUUCGAUGCGGAAAACCUGAACGGCCACCGAACUAACGGUUGUCCCCAGCUCCAGAGACUUGAAGGGACACCACAAGGGAGUUCAAAGGGGUGGGCGCUCAGGGUCUCUCGCAAAGAGAAUCUCAUGGGCCUUCACCCAAGGGAGGAGAUCAAGGCUGCCAACGAGGCCUACCACCAACCAGGGGUCGGCCCCGUUAGUUGGUCGUCAGGAGGCUACAUUGGUUCCCUUACACCAGCUGCCACCCUUUUCACCCCUGCGUGCCUGCCCACUAUGAGCGUGAGCCUCUUCCCGGAGGGGUAGCAGCAGUGCUACCCCACAGCCUGCAGCCUACACAGGCUCACCAUUUACUUGGACACAAUCAGACCCCGCUACUCUAUAGAUGACGCCUGCAGCCCCACAUCCCAUUCCUGUUCUGCCGCCGCCGCCACUGCCGCUGCCUCCCCCCCCCAUAUGAUGAAUGUCCCCG